AUGAUCUCAAAGGUGAUUUGUGACCUAGAACUACUCUGGACAAAAAUAUUGGUAUCAAAUAACCCCACGUAUGGCUAUACCCCGGAACCCACAUAUGAGGAACCUGCCAAGUACGACUUCAACUAUGCUGUAAAGGACGACUACUCCGGCAACGACUUCGGCCACCAGGAAGCUCGUGAUGGGUACAACACCCAAGGUUCCUACUACGUCCUCCUUCCCGACGGUCGUCUGCAGAAGGUGACCUACACUGUUAACGGCGACUCUGGCUACGUGGCUGAGGUCAGCUACGAGGGUGAGGCCCAGCACUCCGAGUACAAACCUGCUCCUACCUACAAGCCUGCCCCUGCUACAAGCCCGCCCUGCCUACAAGCCUACUCCUGCUUACAAGCCUGCUCCCGCUUACGAACCUGCCCCUACCUACAAGCCUGCUCCUGCCUACAAGCCUGCUCCCGCUUACGAACCUGCCCCUGCCUACAAGCCUGCUCCCGCUUACGAACCUGCCCCUGCCUACAAGCCAACCCCAGCCUACGCCUAAUACAUUUUAUGUCAGCGAUUAUUUAUUUUCAUCAAUAA